CAAUCCGAAGCUAGGCAUUCUCUCAGCGUGUGUGUAUGUGUGUAUGUACAUUGGCGUACAUGAUGUACUGCUUAUGUAUCAACAACAUACCUGUUCCCCAUUGAUCAAUCCCAUCCUAUCUUAUUCAUCGCCACAAUCAUCUAGCUAUCUCAAGCUUUAAGUCAAACUACCUAUCAUCAAGACAUCAUCUUUUUGAAAUCGAUUUAACUCAUCCUACUAUCCGCAUUCAUUUGAGCUCUUUACUCGCGGCUCCGCUUACACAACAAACAAGUUGGCCGAUUCCACGCAUAUAUAUCAAUUGGAGAAUUUCAUUCAUUCAUUUGAACAUAAUCAACGUAUUCCCUCAACAAUCAUCACACCAUACACAAUGCCAGGACCAAUCGCGAUAUCUAGAAAUUCGCCAGAAAGCACGAUCACACGUCAAAGUGGUAUGUCUGGCUCACUUACAGGGAGUAGUAAUGGCAUCUUGGGCUCUUCUUUUGCAGGUGCUUCAAGUGGAUCAUUUCGUGAAGCAAUUGCCGCUUCUUUUGGCAAAGAUGCAGCUGACAUAAUGGACUAUUCAAUCGCACGAUUUUCAUCAUCUGUCGCCUCAACGGAUUCAGAUAUGACUGCCCUACCGUCCACAUCCCUACCACGCACAAAGAUCGACAAUACAUUUUGCAGUAACUUCAAAUGUUGCGGUCAAGCAUUAGAGAAUCUACAUGAUCUUUUACAACACUAUGAAGAGGCACACGUCAAAUUCGAGGAUGAUGAUGUACCGGCAAUGAUCACAGAUGAUGAAGCACAUUCUCCUUCAUCUUCCGCCACAGCAUCUCAACCUCCAAGCCCCAAAUCGACAAACGCAAUCGCAAGCUCUUCUUCAAGCAGCACAAGCGAGAGUGCUUUGGACACCAAUGAACACCUUUCCGCAUUCGAUACUACUAUCAUGCGUAGUCCUUUCAAAGGCAAGAAGCGCAGCUUUGGUCAAUUUGCCAACGGUGCCAGCAAUGGUCAAGUACAUCAAUCUCUCCGUAGAGCAUUGAUUGAUAACGGUCUUGGUCGCAGCAAUUCCCGUGCUUCAUCAGUCUACUCUGCCAACUCUCCAUUCUCUACACCUGGUGGCUCUAUUCCCGGAACACCAACAGCAGACAAUGAUAUGGAAGCAGCAUUCUUUGGAGGUGGUAGCGGUAGCCCAGCGUUCUCAUCUCUUUCGCUGCGCAACAAUAAUGAAGACCACGAUUUGCCAUCUUGUGCACCGCCAAAUCUUUUCUUCCCAGCAGCUGGAUCUAGCUCUAUCUCACAACUUAAUGGAGUCGUGCCACCAGCAAAGAGAGAAAAGACUGCUUCUAUGGCCAACUCAUCUGCUGCUCUAGAGAACAGCUUGGCCAACCCAGGUGCAUUGGGCGAUAGACCGUACAAGUGCACUUCACCUGGAUGCGAUAAAGCAUACAAACAGAUGAAUGGCUUGAAAUAUCAUCGUUUGCACGGUCAAUGCAAUCAAAACAAUUUGCCGCCACAACAACAAUUGAGCGCGGUGGUGAAUGAUAAUGCAAAUGCGGUUGCAGCAAGUGCAAACAGCAUCAAGAUUGAUUCUGCUCCUCCUACGCCCACUUCAGAGAAUGGAGACGAAUCACCUACAUCUUCUUCGCCAGACAGUAAAUCAAGUAUGGAACUCGGACCUGGAGCUCUUGCAAAGGGCGAAAAGAUGUAUAUCUGUCAAGUUGGUGCAUGUGGAAAGCGUUACAAGAACCUGAACGGUUUGCGUUAUCACUACUUGCAUAGCGGAUCUCACGGCUUGUUGGGCUUGCAAUUAUUACAUGCAAACGGUGGCGGUCCAAGCGCAAGAGCUGAUGCUACAACAGGCAGACCAGCAAUUAGCACUAAUGACCUUUCUAGUGAUGCCCUUGCAGCGGCAGCACAAGCAGCAGCAGCUCAACAACAGGCUAAACAACGUGAAGCUGUUGCUCAACAACAAACACAACAAGCACAAGCUGUUAUUGCUGCUGCGAUUGCUUCAUCUCAAGCUCCAUCCACAGCAGCCGCAAGUACAACACCUGAAGCUGCUCAAGCUACUCCAGCAGCCUCAACCACCACUCCUACACCUAUGCAAACGGUGUAAAUUCAACGUUUGCAUCAAAAGUCAUCUUUCAAUGACACCUGUAUAUAAUAGCCAUUUUCACCUCUCCGUCCUUUCUCUUUUUUUCAUUGAUAGAGUUCCCUUUACAUAUAUCCCCAGUCAUUAAUACACAAGACGACUGUUGUUCCUGCUAAUACCUUAUUCAAUCCUCUAUGAACGAGUAAUAUUCCCAACUUUUUUUUGUUUUGUUUUGUUCAUUGCUUUUUCUCUUGUUUCUCUUUUUGUAUUUUGAUUUCUCUAUAGAUAUUGCACAAUUUUGAUCAAUUCUCUACACCAUC